CUCACUCUCAGUCACUCUGAAUGACACGAAUAGAUGGGCACAAGUGAUGUCGACAAUGGACUCAAACGAUCACUGGUUCGAUGUGUUGACCGCCCGAAGACAUGGCAGUGACUUCUUAUGGAUUGUGUGUCACGACUGGAAGUGCAGACAAUACAAGUAUUCACAGCAAAGGACUCCACAUAUGGUUAGCGACGAUGUCUUCAACGAACCAGUCAUUCAGUCAUUAAUGGCAGCGAAUCCGAGACUGAAGUCCAGAAUCGAUAAGAUAUUGACAGAAAUGAGUCACACCUUCUCCUUAAGAACCGUACGAUUUGUUGGAUAUUUUUUGACCAAAAUUAUGAAAAGUAUUUACAAGAAUGUGUUCGUCGACAACCAUUUGGUGCUAAAUCCCAGUUCAAAGCACUUCCACACGAGUCUGACAUCGAGUCUGAGCCAAACGCUGAAUGGUUUGGCCAAAGACUGUCCCGUACUAUAUGUGCCCUCACAUCGAAGUUAUGCAGACUUUUUGAUCUUUUCGUUCAUUUGCUUCACUCUUGACAUUCCUUUGCCGACAAUCGCCGCCGGAAUCGACUUCUUAGCGCUCAAUCAAAUCGCGUCACUCAUGAGAUCGUGCGGUGCUUUCUAUAUAAGGCGUUCAUUCAAACACUCCAACGAUAACCUCUAUUGGCAUGUCUUUCGGGCUUACCUUCAGACUCUUGUGCGCGGAUCAGAACAACCGCUGGAGUUCUUCAUUGAGGGCACGCGUUCACGGAGUGGCAAAUCUUUGUACCCAAAAACGGGUCUUUUGAGUGCGGCGUUGGAACUGUAUUUGAAUGGACAGAUACCAGACCUCAUGAUUAUUCCGGUUUCCAUUUCGUACGAUAGAGUACUCGAAGAAGGAUUAUAUGCAUCAGAAUUGUUGCCAAAGGGAAGGACUUCUGGGAAACCGCCGGAAACGCCACGGAAUAUGAUGACCGGCGCUAAAGCUAUUCUCUCACAACAAUUUGGUUCCGUUUAUAUUCGCUUUUGCGAACCGAUUAGUGUCAGACAGUUAUCCCAUUCUCAACCCUUGAGAUUAAGACAUACACUCGACUCGAGAAGUGAUCCCAAUUUGAUACAAACGCAACAAGAAAUGGAUUUCGUUAUGGAUUUGUCGAAAACCAUAAUCAAAUCACAACAAAUCAAUUUCGUGUUUUCUCCCUUCAGUUUCGCUUCACUCGUAUUCUUAACUUAUUUGGAUUCAACUGAAGUCUCGCUUCCAAUCAAUCAAUUGGUGGAAGACAUCGAGUCUUUGAGUUCAUUACUUAACACAAAGAAUUUGAGUUUUGGUUUUUGGCAAAAGAGUUUAAUCGAAGAACUCUUUGAGUCUUUUGAAGUGCAUUCAAAAGUUGUCACUAUUUCUGAUGACAAAUCAAGAGUUGCCAUCAAUACCAGCGAUCCAUUGAUUAGCGUAUAUUUGCAACAAUACGCCAAUCAAUCGAUGCAAUUGCUGAUCGAUUUUGCCAUAUAUUUAUACUCGAGUGGAGAUUAUCAUCGCUUUGAACGAAUCAAAUGGUUUUUGUGUCGAGAAUUUAUAUAUAAGACAUCGGAAGUCAACGAUUCCUACAUUUUGGCACAAUUUAUGAAUCAAAUGCUUGUGACGGAUAGAGCGCACAGAUCUUGA